AUGACCUUAAAUCUUUGUGUACUGACCCCUAAUCGAAUAGUUUGGGAUUCAGAAGUGAAAGAAAUCAUUUUAUCUACUAAUAGUGGACAAAUUGGCGUAUUACCAAAUCACGCUCCUAUUGCCACAGCAGUAGAUAUAGGUAUUUUGAGAAUACGCCUUAACGACCAAUGGCUAACGAUGGCUCUGAUGGGCGGUUUUGCUAGAAUAGGUAAUAAUGAAAUCACUGUUUUAGUAAAUGAUGCAGAGAAAAGUAGUGACAUUGAUCCACAAGAAGCUCAGCAAACUCUUGAAAUAGCAGAAGCUGCUUUGAGAAAAGCUGAAGGAAAGAGACAAACAAUCGAGGCAAAUCUAGCUCUCCGACGGGCUAGGACACGAGUAGAGGCUAUCAAUGCCAUUUCAUAA